AAAACUAAACCUGAUUUUAAAAAAAGAAGCAAGUGUUUAUUCUGAAGACAGGGUUUUGACUAAUCAGAGACUCUCAUUGCUUGUCUGUUGCCUCUGUGAUUGGCUAAAAGUAUAUGAAUUACUCCCCCCAAACCACUUUUCUCCUCCUCCCUCCCCUCACUCCUCCCCACAUCACUCACUAACAUGUUUUUUAAGAAGACCUUGAGGGGAAGGGUUGGGGGAGCUCAGAGCCUUCCUCAGAGCAGGGAUGGGGACAGCUUGGCCAGAAAUGGAACUCACUCAGCUUUCGGCUGUGACUACAGUCACUUUCAACUAUGACGACUUCUACUACUAUGAUGACAACUGCCAGUAUCAGCACCUGCAACAUAUGUCUACUUUCCUCCCUAUUCUGUAUGCUGCUGUGUUCCUGGUGGGCAUCGUCGGCAACUCCAUCCUGAUAGUAGCACUGGCCUUCAAGCAACGGGUCCAGAGGCUGAUCGACAUCUUUAUCAUCAACCUCGCUGCAUCUGACUUCAUCUUUCUCAUCACGUUGCCAUUCUGGGUGGACAAGGAGGCAUCAGACGGGAGCUGGAGGGUAGGAUCUUUCCUCUGUAAAGCUAGUUCCUAUGUCAUCUCAGUCAACAUGUACUGCAGCAUCCUCCUCCUCACUUGUAUGAGCGCUGACCGGUACCUUGCUAUCAUGCAUCCCUCCAUCGCUAGACGAGUCAGAACAAGAUCCUAUUCCAGUGGACUCUGCAUCUGUGUCUGGUUAUUAUCCUGCUGCUUAGGGAUGCCAACCCUUUUGUCCAGAGAACUGAAAAAGCAAUAUGGAAAGACUUACUGCACAGACAAAGCUGUGACAGAAGCCAAACAGAUCAUGUCACUGGUGCUUUUAAUCCUGGCCUUCUUCUUCCCACUGUUGAGUAUCUUAACCUUUUACUACUCCAUCACCAGGAGACUCUGUGUGCAUUAUCAAAGAGCGGGGAAACAUGAUAAGAAACUGAGGAAAUCCAUCAAGAUUGUCUUCAUUGUAGUGGCAGCUUUUGUUAUCUCCUGGGUUCCCUUCAAUCUUUUCAAGCUUAUGGCCAUCCUUUCAGGACUCCUGAAGCAGCCCGACUGUUUUCCCAACAUGGUUGCCCAUCUGGGCAUGAAGGUGAGCAGCCCUUUUGCUUUUGCCAAUAGCUGCGCCAACCCUUUCAUCUACUAUUGCUUUGACAACUACAUUCGCAGAGCCAUGCUCCGGUGCCUCUGCCCGUGGGUGAAGAUCAGCAGCAGCGGCAGCACCUCUGAUACUCUGGACACUCGCCUGAGCCACUCCUUAUCCAAUUUUGUUGCGGGCGAAUAUGCCACUAGGAAGAGGAAGCGCUCUGUGUCCCUCUGACUGUGAGCUGGGCAUGUGGAGAAAGGAACUUCUCUCUCCAAAGACAGCAGGAAAAGAAUAAAGUGAGAGAAGCUGAAAAAAGAGACAAGUGACAGAGGUGCCAGUGUAAUGCAGCCAGGUGGGAGGAACGCUGCUUCCCUUUAUACGCAGACAAAUGGAAUAGGAAACCUUAACCACAGAAUUACGGUUCACCAUGAUCGCUGUGUCACUGCACGGUGUAAAUCUGAAACCAUCGUACUGAGAAAUAUCCACAAAUGCUUACACUGGAACCCCAGUACGAAUGCUACAAACUACAGAACAGAAUCAGGUGAUUCAGUCAAACCCGCUCUAAAGCAAGAUUUGAACUUACAUUUAUUCCGCGCAGAGCAAGAAAAACACCAGAAGUGUUUCUCUUUGGUUCCUAGCUUACCCACAAACAUGUCGCAAUGUCCUCAAACCAACCCAAUCAAUUCUGGUUUUUUGGAAGUUUUAUGAAUUUAGAUAUGCAAUAUUUUAAUUAAUUUGUAUGUUACUAGUUCUCAUAACUUGAGUCUUGUGCAUUGUUUUUGGAAGUCUCAGCUUCUUGAUUAUGGCAUUAAAUCUUCAUUUUGAUCACAAUAAUUAGUUUCUAGCCCCUGUUAUUUCAGGGAAAAAAAAAAACCUUGAAGGCAGAGAAACCCAAAGACAAUAAAAAGAAAUCUUGCAUUUAACCUUUUUCCUGUAUCAAAGAAACAAACAAACUCCGCUCAUUCUUUUUAAGACUUUUGGGGGGUUCUGACACAAUUUCUGACUGCUUCAGUUGUGGUAUAAUGUGUAUAAUAGUACAAGAUUGUGUGCCAUUCAAAGCCCAGGUCUGCCUUGUUUAGCUGAACCCGGUUUAUAUUAAGACAGAUGCUGUAUGGCUACCUUCUCCCACUGGAGUCACAGUCAAAUGCAAAUGUCCCCAACAAGCAAAGUUAGCCAGGGAAUCAUGGAGAACGCUGAGAAACCUUGUGUGCAGAGAUGCUCAAAGAAAGGGAAUUAAAAAGGACCAAUGUUUCAGUUAAAGAGUUGAACUCUGUAAAUAAGACAGUUCUUUUAGUUCGCUUAUAGUGUUGAACUCUGGAAAUAAAACAGCUCUAUAAACCUGGCUCAUCAGCAAUCUUUGGGAAAUGCAGAGAUCUAGCAUUAAAUAUGCUGUGGGGAAGACACCAGUUGCCCAACUGGUGUAAAGUGUGACAGCAAAUGAGGUGGGGGAACAGAAAAAGCUCUGUAUUUUUAACAGCUGAAGUACCUCCUAGAUUUACAGGCUGUAAUGUGGAACAAAAUGUUAAGCAGCUCAUCGAAAAACUGGUACUGGACUUUUAUAAAGGUGAAUGACAUUUAUUUUAUUAAAUCUUUCAUUUCUUACUAAAUGCCAAGGGUUGAUAGAAAUGGUUGCUUAAAACAAAGAAACCAGGUUACAAUGCUUUAAAGUGCAGAGUUAAAAUAAGAGUGAAACUUCUAACUGCACUUGGAUACUUCGUCUAUGUUGCAACAUCUCAUAUUCUGUUAUAUUUCUUGUUAAAUGUUUAGCCUAAUGUAAUACUGCUUGUCACAAAUGUAAUAAAUCAGUAUCAAAAAGCAUCCAGGAUAUGUAAUGUGACUAAGACAAAAGACUGUUAGAAGCUUUCCUUUUGUAUUUCCUGAUUUUUAGAGAUUUUUAUCUCUGUUCUCUUUUUCACUUAGCCUUUGAAGCUCUUGAAAUAGCUUUCACAAAACCCACAAAGGUGUUGACUAGAGGCAGAAGUCAUCUUAUCACUAAAUGAUAAAACAAAAUACAUGGAAACAAAACCUGAAUUGCAAAAAGCAAAAGGUUUUAAAGGUAUUUACAGCCCUGUAAGAUAAAGCAAAUUCAACUCUGCCAAUGAAAGAGUCAGCAAAUAUACAUCUUUGAGUCUACUUUUUAAGAAGCAAAAUAAGCCUGGAACAACUUGCAUGCAAACUCUUAUACAGCAAAUCCCGUAUAAUUAUACUGUGCUGCAGUGUUUCAAGAGUUUGGUUCUGUGUUCCCUUCUCCCAGCUUUCCCAGGGAAGGAAUAAUCUGGCACACAAAUCCAUACUGUAGCUCACCAGGACAAGGCUGUCAUAAACAAAAAGAUUUGUAGCAAUAGUCCCUGCGUCACUUUAAACACCAGAGAAGAGAGAGACUUUUAAAUUUUAUUGAAGCUAGGAAUUGUUUUCCAGGCUAUCAGAUGCAGAUGUUUUUCCUAGAAAAACAACGAGUCACUUUGCAAAUCUAUAGAAAGUUACUUUUAUUUAAUUAGGGAGCGGUCUAACUAAAAGGAGAGACUGCCUCUUACUGAAGAAGAGGACACAGAGAGUUUUAUGGUGAACAGUUACAUCCAUGCAGACCUGUUACAAAGCUUGAAAGGGAAGACAGCUACACCAGCUAACAUAAUUCACACAAAAAAAAGA